UGGCCAAACAAACACGGCCACCUCGACAACAAUCGAAAAGCGCGAAUUUUCCAAAAUACUCUCUCAUGGUAUGAUGGAGGGGGGCGUCGUGACGUCGACGACGCUCCUGGACCAUGUCGUCGAGCGCAAACCACCAGCUUUCAGUCAGUGUCGAACGUAAUCAGCAGUCGCUCACCACGACUCGCUCAAUAAAGCCACUUAGCAGACGAACGACGAGGCUUCAUCUAUAGAAAGAGUAGCAGCGAAUUCAGAAAGCCGGCAAAAUGUUCAAGAAUCAUCUAGAAAUGAUCGGCCGUAACGAAACGGCCUCCAAAAAAGCUAAGUUCUGGCAGUCCUUUGUCGGAUCCCUUAAAGGAUCGCAGGACAUAAGGGCCACCGAUCCCAUCCACACCCGUCCCAGAGGCAUUUUCCGGCCAAUCAGCGAUCUUCCCGAGUUGGGCUCAGGCUGGCCCUUCGGCAAAUCCAUCUACGACGACCCAAUCCAUGCCGGUGAACGCAUCCAUGUUCCUGGAUACCGAUACGACCCAUUGCACCGAGACACCUACGGCUACUCUCCUCGUCCGAUCUACCCUCACAAUUACGGCUCCCUCGACAGAUACCGGCCCGUGUUCCAUAUCACAAAACCACGACCAUUUGACGCCGACAAGGCCUGGCAGGACCAUAUCGAUCGUGUUAAAGGACGCGAACCCAGCCAAUGGCCCAGCAUUUUCCACACUACAUAUCCCUUCAGCCGUUAUCCACUCUAUUUGGUGUAUAGCAAGAGACCAGCACCAGCUGCUGAAAAGUACGACCCUCAUCGCGCCUGGUUAGACCAUUUGGAUCGUCUCGCUGAACUCGACAAACUCUACCCAUCUCUGUGGCCACGUUGGGGACGAAGUCUCUCUCCAACACCCAUCAAAUCUGGAGAAUGGGGUCCCCGCCCGUCUGAAGUGGCUUUCAACUACGCGGGCCAGCCGAUUUACAACCGUGGUGGGCUAUUCCCAAGUAAGAGACUGUUCCGCGACCUAUUGAAUCCCUCUCCUUUCCUCCCCAUUUCGUCAAUAAUCAACGAUCCAUUUUGGUGGGAUUCCCCCUUGUUGCGGCCCUACUCCACUUACAACCCUUGGGGUAAGUCCCCGUUCUACCUCCGCGACUCGUACCUCUCUCCCGUCAAGAGGACGUACCUGUGGGACAAACACCCCAUCAGGCCGUUCGCUGCUGUCUAUUAAAGAAACCCAAACUGGAGUCACUACCACCCCAUCGCAAUGCGACUGACUGAACAAAAAGCUUUUGAAACGUUUGCGUUUCUAUAAAGUGUUCAUUUUUUCUCUCUUUUAUUUCGUUCAAUUCAAAAAUGUGCCUUAAAUUAUACAAGGAGCAUAAAAAUGAAAAAAAUUGUUAUUUUUGUAAAGUGUUUUUCGACUGCAUCUUUUAAUGGCCGCGUGCAUUACCACAUUGUUCAAAAACGUGUCUCGCAUUCCACCUUUCUAGACCAUAAAGAGAUGCAGAAUAAAUUGCAAUUAAUCGUCUACUUAUUGUGGCAUGUUAUUAAUAAAUUCUACCAAAAGAA